AUGUGUGAGACUCUCGUAGCUAUCCUGCUCGUAACAUCCUCUGCCAAAGGCUCCAAUCUCGUCUACCGGUGGCCCCCUUGUCCCGAGUCUGCUCCCAGGCUUGCUCGUCCCAGACCAAACCACGACAUCACAUGCGCUUACGGGGAUGAUCCAUGGAGAGCCGCCAACGCCUCUGAUAGCACCAACGAAGGCCAAAAGGUCUGCCCGGCUUCGGUCCUGCGUGGUGACGAGGAGGGCUAUAUCUGGCGAAGACCAAAUGCCUCUCGCCGAAGGUCCGUCUCGCAUUCUCGCUCUCAUGCCACUUCGAGACGACCCUCUCCAUCAAGGUCCUCGCUAGAUGGGGCUGCGCAAGAUGGGCCCGCUAUUCUCCCUGCAGAUGAUGAUUAUGACAGUGUGCUCGGCUACCACGGGGAGUUCCUCGCCGGAUUACUGUGCCCAAACGACUCCAUAUGUCACCAGAAGUUCGGCCUCAUGGUGGAUGAUCUCGCCUGUAUAGGCCAUCCUGUUUGUGCUGAGCCAGACGGCUCAUGGCGCUUCAAGCCAGAAAAGACCAAGGUGGCUCCACGGGGGAGAGGUUCCAAAAAGGGCGAAACGCCCCAACUCGCAGAACAUUCACUUACCCCAGAACGAUCUGAGACCAGCAAGCCUUCGGCAGAUGGUGCUUUCUGGCUACGAACGUUCCAUCUCGCUUUCGUUCUCGACCGUCCCGAUCCGUCUUCGUCCUCUUCUGGGGCAGUGUACAAAUACUUCAAUGUGGUCUAUGAGCAUAUAGCAUUCACAGUUACUGCCGUUCUAUAUCAAGAGCAGGUCUUGUACAACUUCGUCGAGAAUGAGUGUGAUGCGCUAGGCACGCUGAGGGACGAGUACAUGGGGAGAGGCAACUCGUUCAUGGAUUACAUGGCUGCGGCGCUUAAAAUGUCAUCACUUGCUUCGGCCAUGAAAAGUCUUUACGAAGCAAUUAAGGACCGUUCGAUUGCUCGCAUCACCAUCCACGAUUUGCCUCUCGAACUACAACUCCCGUCAUAUACAGAUUCUCUGCUGCAUCCAGAGAAUGUGUUUGGCAUAGGAAACAUUUAUCGCAAAGACGACGACGGGUUCGCUGAUAUAUGGGGCGACUCAAGCCCUUCCAAUAACUCGAUCGCACUGCAUCCUUGGAAAGCGCUUUUGCGACUAGAUGACGAGGAUGAGGACCCAUACAUGAGGACACCGCAGUUAUCCGCUGAGGAUAGCGAACUCGCAGAGCAGUUGUUCAAAUUCAUGGAUCUGGCAUCCAUCAGCCUCUCGCUUGCGGACAUGGCCAGUUUGCUAGACUGGGAUCUAGAGUCUCAAGUAUACCCGAUUGUGCGAUGGUUAGUGCAUCACCGGCGGGCAAAACUGGUCGACAUCGUACACCACGGCUUGAAAACAGUAUUUGCGAUUCCUCAGAAGCUGGGCGCGCCACUAGCCGAAUUGUCCAGUGAAUUUGACCGGGCAUUUGCCAUUUCCAAUGUCCCACCUUUGCCACGCAUACUAUCUAUGGUUUCGAUGGCCACGCACCAGCAGACCGCAAACCACUUUUAUGCAACCGUCGUCGGGUCCAAGGAGCUCAUACCCUUGUAUCAAGAAGUAGUCGUAUGGAUGCUAAAGCGCGACCUCCUGAUCACUCUCCACUUGCGCAUUCGUAUCGUGGCUACAGAAGACCUCAAGGACAGAGUCCGGAUGAAGUUCGAGAUGGCGCGAGCGAAGCGGGACCGCAUCCGCGCUCGCUCACAAAGUGCGGACCACGACACGGAGACGGGCUCUUCGGACACACCAAGGCAGGCGGAUCACCUCGAAGUGGCCUCCAGCUAUGGUACCGCCUCUGGCUCAAGCAUCGGGACGAACUGGCUGUCACUGUCGCCGAAGAGCGCGCGCAAGCAGGCGCAAUUGUUCUCCGCACGGGAGCACGGUGUUGAUGCGACACAUUCUGACAGCGCCGCGGAGAAGUGGAGGGGCGAAUAUGAGGAUGAGUUUGGCUCGUCUGGGGAGGAGUUUGAUCGGGAGGAUUGGUAUCGCAGCGUGGACAACAACCCAUACUCAUCCAUCAUCAGCGAUCCUGCCCGUGCGACACGGCUGGAGAGCCUAUGGCUGACAGAAAUGUCGGAAGGAAAGGAUCCAGCAAUCGCGAGGCGCUUCGAAAAAAUAAACCAGUACUUCGAUGGCAAAUGCACGGACGAUGAAAUACUUUUCAGGGCUGAAAUAUCGCGCAAACAGCUGAGGGAAGUGCUCGGGUACUACGAAGAAUACGUAUGUAACUAUCACUUACCGUAUCAAACCCUGUUGAGGAUGCCCUUAUACAGCUGGAAACCUUCCUGCACCCGGCAUAGCCAUCCUCUGCCAGCAUGCACUGUCGCAUGCACAACUCAAUCGUGUUUGAAUUCUCAACAAGCUAUUCCUCUCGGUAAUUGUGUACCCACCCCAACAGACGUUCCGCCUUCGAACAGUCGACGAAUCCCAUCUUUCCGCUCAAAUCCUUUCCUUCUUUGA